UACUUCCACUAUGUCGAUCGUUGGGGAGGUUCAGGAUCACCGCUACACAGCCAGCACUUACUUUUAAACGAUGAGGGGGUAGCACACCGUCGAUGGACCGGGCUGAGACCUCUUUGCACUUGGUGACGGAUUUCUUCAAUGCAGCUGGUGAGACGACGAGCGGGGCUGGGGACGAGUGUUGCUGGCCCCUUCACGGUUAUAAGAAUGAUCCUCUGGAAGGAGCUGCAGGCCCCUUAUAUUGGAGAUCUCGAGCCGGCAGAUGACCUCUCUUAAUUAACACUAAAAUGGGUGUUUCUAGACCGGCUGUUUGGUCAGGUAACAGAAGUGCUGGCUGGACGGUAGUUUGUUGAGGUAACACGGUCAUGAUCACGUGGCAGUGAGAACUGUUCCCUUCGUGACUGUGACUUCACUUUAAUUACUGUAGGGUGUGUAGGGUGAACAUGUGCUCCCCUGGUUACUACUAAGUCUAUGUUAUUCUGCUGGCCUGGAUGCUUUGGUCUGUUAGAUAAACAUUAUAGAAUAAACAGAACUUGGUACUUUAUAUCCACAUUGUACGUCAUGUCGCGGUGUGAUGCAUUUCAGGGUACAACAAGGUCACUGUCUACAGCUGCUGGGGCGGGAACGUGAGGCUCUGGCCAUCUACAACAGCGUGCUCAAGUCCAAGCCAGAAGACCCAGCCCUCCUGGCCAUCAUCAACAACAACUUGGUCUCCAUCAACCGAGCGGCUAAUGUCUUUGACUCCCGCAAGAGGAUGAAGACUGCCAUGGCGCCCGGCCUGGAGCACAAACUGACCAGCUACCAGCGCUCUACCAUCAGCCUCAACCACUGCCUCCUGGCUUACCACACUAACCAGGAUGAAGUGUGCAGAACAGAAGCUCAGAACCUGCAGAAGGAGUACCCACAGAUGACCCUCAAAGUCCAGGUGAUCAAGGCUGCACAGCUAGGUCGUGAGGGCAAGUUGGCAGAGUCCCGUGCUAUACUCACAAAAUGUCUGCAGGAAAACCCAGACCAGAACCUGAACCUGUCCCUGAUGACCACACAGAUACUGUUGUCUAAGGGGAAGAAGAAGGCAGCAUGUGAGGUACUGACAUCCCUGGAGGAGAGUGACAUGUACCGACAGGGCGUUGUCUCUGCCUUAGUAGCACUCUACAUGUCCCUGGGAGAACGUGAUGGUGCCUCCGCGGUCCUCAGACAAGCUGUGGAAUGGCACAAGAAGAACAAG